UUUGUUGUCAGGUGGCCGGAAGACGCUGAGGUAGGAGAAUUGUGUUCAUUGCAGAUUCUUCUCUGCAUUUCAAUUGGCUUCUCAGAGAGGCAGGGUAGCCUCAGCAACGUGCACAGUCUGGGUCUCGGGCGCUCUACGGAUCAUUAUAUACGCCCAGCACUGCGAUGCUGUUACCUGGUAAAGGGCGGAAAAAAUCUCCAAGCUCCACAUGACAGUAUUUCGACAGAAUGGUCAAAAAAUCCGGCAACGGCGGUGUUUACCCGGGUCCAGCUGCGGAGAAAAAACUCAAAGUAGGCUUUGUCGGGAUCGACCCUGGGGCUACGGACUCGAACAGAGAUGCGGCGCUGCUCAUAGCAGGUGCGGACGCCAAGGCAACAACACGGGGCAGCAUCCUUAGCAAACCGAGAUCCAGCCUCUCCGGCAAACCCAAGCCUCCAAAGAGAACUGUCUUCUACAGAAGACUGCAGAAUUUUCUUUACAAUGUUUUGGAGAGACCAAGAGGAUGGGCAUUCAUUUACCACGCAUACGUUUUUCUGCUGGUCUUCUCCUGUCUGGUCCUCUCUGUGUUUUCCACCAUUAAGGAGUAUGAGAAGAGCUCUGAAGAUGCCUUGUAUAUACUGGAAAUAGUCACCAUCGUAGUGUUUGGUGUGGAGUACAUAGUGAGGAUAUGGGCUGCCGGAUGCUGCUGCAGAUACAGAGGAUGGAGUGGCCGUCUGAAAUUUGCCCGCAAGCCCUUCUGUGUGAUCGACGUCAUGGUGCUGAUUGCGUCCAUCUCUGUGCUGGCGGCUGGAACCCAGGGAAAUGUCUUUGCUACUUCUGCCAUCAGGAGUUUGAGGUUCCUGCAGAUCUUGCGCAUGAUCCGGAUGGACCGCCGCGGAGGCACCUGGAAACUCCUGGGAUCUGUUGUUUACGCUCACAGCAAGGAGCUGAUCACAGCGUGGUACAUUGGCUUCCUCUGCCUCAUCCUGGCGUCCUUCCUGGUUUAUCUGGCAGAGAAAGAGGACAACGACCAGUUUGAGACCUACGCAGACGCGCUGUGGUGGGGCCUGAUCACCCUGACUACUAUUGGGUAUGGAGACAAGUUUCCCAUAACGUGGAACGGGCGUCUUCUGGCCGCAACCUUCACCUUGAUUGGAGUGUCUUUCUUUGCACUUCCAGCAGGUAUCUUGGGCUCUGGCUUUGCCUUAAAGGUCCAGGAGCAACAUCGACAAAAACACUUUGAGAAGCGGCGGAAUCCUGCGGCAGGGCUUAUUCAGGCCGCGUGGCGCUUCUACGCCACCAAUCUCACCCGGCCAGACCUGGAGUCGACGUGGGAUUAUUACGAGCGCACCGUGUCCGUGCCGAUGUACAGUAGACUGAUCCCGCCACUAAAUCAACUGGAUCUACUAAGAAAUCUGAAGAGCAAGUCGGGACUGUCAUUCAGGAAGGAACCCCAACCGGAGCCCUCCCCAAGUCAGAAGGUCAGCCUGAAGGAGCGUGUUUUCUCCAGUCCCCGGAGCUCAGGGACCAAAGGGAAAGGUUCACCCCAUGGCCCCAGUGGACAAGGCAGCCAGGGUCAAGGCCAGGGGGGCCAAGGCCAGGGCCAACCCAUUCACAGGUCCCCCAGCGCUGACAACAGCAAUGAAGACAGCCCCAACAAAGUGCCCAAGAGUUGGAGUUUCGGAGAACGCAGCCGGGCACGUCAAGCCUUCCGCAUUAAGGGCGCUGCCUCGCGCCAAAACUCGGAAGUGCUGAUUGAGAUGCAGGAUGAAGAAUUCAGACAGAAGAGCUCACCAGAAGCCAGCCUCCCUGGAGAGGACAUAGCAGACGACAAUAAGAGCUGCCACUGUGAGUUUGUCCCUCAGGACCUAACUCCCGGACUCAAGGUCACUAUCAGGUCCAUUUGCAUUAUGAGGUUCAUGGUCUCCAAGAGGAAGUUCAAAGAGAGCCUGCGGCCGUACGACGUGAUGGAUGUCAUAGAGCAGUAUUCAGCAGGCCACUUGGACAUGCUGGCCCGCAUCAAAAAUCUCCAGUCCAGGAUAGAUAUGAUUGUUGGUCCCCCUGGACCCUCAACUCCCCGCCAUAAGAAGUAUUCAACUGAUGGACCCAAAGAGUCACCAAAAAACUCUCCUAGAGUUGACCAAAUUGUUGGUCGAGGUACUCCAAUCACAGAUAAAGACCGUCCCAAAGGAACCACUGACGGGGGGGUUGAGGAGGACCCAAGCAUGAUGGGGCAUUUGGGGAAAGUGGAGAAAAAGGUCAUGUCAAUGGAAAGAAAGCUGGACUUCUUGGUGAACAUCUACAUCCAGCGCAUGGGCAUCCCCCAGUCGGAGACUGACGCCUACUUUGGGUCCAAAGAGCCCGACCCGGCACCGCCUUACCACAGCCCCGUGGACCACAUGGAGAAGAGUGGCUCCAUCACCAAAAUCAUCCGCUCCAACAGCUCGGCAGGACAGAAGAACUUCGACCCCCCACCAGCUUGCUCUGGCCUAGGGGGCCACUGCCCCCCCUCCACCUCCUGGCAGCAGCACCCCGUCAGCGAGGUACACCAGCGCAGCCAGGACAACUCCCCCUCCCCCGUAGGGGAUCCCUCCCUGGUCCGCAUCCCUCCUCCACCGGCCCAUGAGCGCUCAUCUGGAGGCCACAGUGGGAGCAAUCGGGGGUCCCACCGCAACAGCGGUGGUGGCAGUGGUGAGGGGGAUAGAGAGGGCAAGGCAGACAGCGACACGUCCAUCUCUAUCCCCUCGGUGGACCACGAGGAACUGGAGCGCUCGUUCAGCGGCUUCAGCAUCUCCCAGUCCAAGGAAAAUCUGGACUUCCUGAACAACAGCUACUUCAGUGUUGUAGCCCGCUGCGCCAAAGUAAGGCCCUACAUCGCAGAAGGUGAAUCCGACACUGACUCAGACCUCUGUGCCCCCUCGCCCCACUCUGCCAACGGGGAAGGCGCUUACGAGGGCAGAGGGUGGUCAGGAUCCAAGUAGGCCAAAACUGGAACUGCUCAUAUAAAUGGUUACUCUGCCUUGGAGUUCAGAGUUGAAUGCCCAAUAUGCUAGGUAUUACCACCAAUGGUACUUGUGAGAACCGAAUAACCUGGCUCCUCUUGAAUGACUGCAGUGCAGAGUGAGAAAAAAGGUUAUCAGACCACGCUCCAACAGUUUUGCUGAGAAAACACCUGUAGUUUUUCAUGCUGGGAAUGUUUGCUGCAACUUGACUUACAUUUUAGUCAUUUAGCAGACGCUCUUAUCCAGAGCAACUUACAGUAGUGAAUGCAUACAUUUCAUAAAUUUUUUUCCCCGUACUGGUCCCCCGUGGGAAUCAAACCCACAACCCUGGUGUUGCAAACACCAUGCUCUACCAACUGAGCCACACGGGACCACACUUAAAGUACACACAUUUGUUCUAAUGCAUUCGCACACUCAUUAACUCAAGGUUAAGCUUGUCAAUGAUUGUUUUGAUCUUUUACUCGGGAACGGAAUGCAUAUUAAUUGCCAACCUUAUAUUAUCAUUGAGAUUGUUACAGAUUUAAAGAACGCACUUGAAUUUGUUCAAAACUAUGACACCCAUAUUCUUUUGUUGCAUUUGAUUGUUUUUGUGGCAUAAGAGAUUCCCAAUUUCAUCUAACAUGUCAUGUAUUGUAUUUACAUCCCAAAUGACUUAGUUAUUUACAGUGGAUAACAGAUGACAUGUUUUGCUUUAUGGUUCAUCAGCUAAAUAUAUUUAUUUCAAAGGAGUGUAAUAUUAUAGUCAAUAUUAUGGCUCGUGUCCAUAAACCCUAUUGGAUAUAGAGACAUGUGAUAACCAGUUCUAUGUACACUAUUUUAGUAGUAAUUGUUGUACACAACCCUUUAAGGCUUCAUUGCAUAAAUGUGCACAAGGCACAAACGCACUGAUGACGUUCACAUUACACUACUCACUAUAGAGAUUGUACAUAUUCUAUUCGAUGCCCACGAUAUUAUAUUUGUGAUAUCCACAAAGAUGCUUUCUUUGGCAAGAGGUUGGAGUACAACCAGUAUUGGGACAUUUUGUUUUGUCUUUAUGAUCUGUAAAGAUGUAUUUUAUUGAUUUUUUUUAGAUCACAUAAUUGUAAUUAUAUUUAUUUGUUUAUUCAUUUGCUGUAAGAUAAAUGUGUGACAUUUUUGGAAAACAAGCUGCUUGUGCAAGUACAAACACCUUGCAGCUGUUUGCCAAAUAGUAUUCAAAUGCACUAUUUGCCAACUACAUCCAUAAUAUGACACAACUGGAAACAUUAUCAGAAUUCACUAACAUAAAAUUGCAACAGCUAUAGUUAGAUGAACGCUUUGAUAUUUUGUUGAUUGCAUCACAUUUUUAUGAAAGUAUAUAAUAUCAUUUCAUGGUGAUAAAAAUGUUAACAACAUUUUCAGGCAUGCUAUUUAAUUAACAUUUCAUACUUUUUUGCAAAAGCCUUACUCACAGGCUUUGAAAUGAUGUUUGAUUUAAGCCAAAUGGGAGCAUUUAACAAACUGUUUAUCCUUUGAAAAGCCCCUUUAUCCAUUCAUUUUUUUAAAUUAAUUGUGUGAUGUUACGUUAUUAUCCUUUCCAAGGCAAAAACAUUUAAGAAUGUAUGUGUAAUGUUUUGCUUUGACUUUAUGAUUAUUUUAGUCAAACUUCCGUUCGCACUGCCAAUAUUUUUGCUGCUGUUUUCCCUCCAUUUUCUCCAGUGCCGAUCAGAAUAUUUAGACAAAUAUUGAUGGCAAAGAUAUGAAUUACUGACAGCAGACAUUUUUUAUUCACACUUUGUAUUGUGGAUA